AUGACACACAACAGUGGCGUAACGAAACCAAGCUUUGAUGAACAUAUCGGGAACGCUUCCGAACCUCAUGCGGAAGAAAAUAGUGAAAAAGGAGUUGUUAUCCAAGAGGAAGCGUGGACGAAUGCAGACGGAAGUAACGUCUUUGAUCUCACAUUUGAAAACAACAUGGUUCGAUCCACCAUGAAGAAUCUGUUUCCGCAUUCGAAUCGAGCAUUGGUAUUUGACAGUUAUUCCGAACAGCAAAUGACGCCGUUGGAUAUGUUAUAUGAAAAGACGACUAUGAAUCAUGAAGAAACUGCUGAUGAGAACGACUAUGAUGACACUGACCACUACAAGUUUGAUGACUUCUAUGAUGGAACUGGAAGUUUGGUAUGGCUAGCAUGUAUAGCCUUCUGCCAUUUGGUAGCACAAGAUCUGAUACCACCGCUAGCAACUACUGACUCCCGUGAAGGGCGGGAAGAAGGUUCCAAGAAAGAAGAAAAAUACGAUGACGAAAUGCUUCAGAUUUGCGAACUUGGUUGCGGAGCAGGAUUGGCGUCGAUUGCCACACUACUAUCGUCACUCGUAAGGCGUGAGACAAACGACAAACCUGCCUAUCGAAAAGUGAUCUUUACUGACAAUGAUCCAGAAGCACUGGAACUAGCCAAGCAAAAUUGCGAACUGAAUCAGCUGGAUCCCGAGUUAUAUGAUUGCAAACCAUUGUCGUGGGGAAUCCUUCCGGACCAAAAUGAUCCUAAGAAGAGUGAUGAUGAGCCGAGUGUCAAAAACAUUGAUGGUACCGUCACUACGGAUCAAACAGUAUCAUUGCAAGAGUCGACAAUGGACAUUGUGUUGGCAGCAGAUGUCAUCUACGAUAUAUCCAUGAUACCCCCACUGCUACAAACAGCAGCGUGGUUGAUAAAGCCGAAUGGAUCCCUCGUUGUUUCUCAUGUACCACGAUUUUGUUUGCCAAAAGAUGAAAACGAGCAGGAAGAUGAAAUCCAAACAAAUUCGUCAUCCCCACAACAGGCACUCGAGGCACACAUCAUUGAGCAAGCAGGUCUAGUGGGGUUAGAGUUGACGAAAACGAUACGGCCACACGAGACUUUAGUCAACGUCAUUGACAAAGACACAAAAGUGGGCAUGAAUCAUGGAGCUGAGCAUAGUCGUGAGUGUCAUCAGAUUUCUUGCGCAACGUUGGAACAGGCCCAUGCAGUAUUGUUCGUAUUUGAGCCGCGUUCGGGUAGUUUUGUUCAUCCAUGA